AUGUUUCAAAAAAUAAGUUGCCUUCCUUUAAUUGGGAAAAUCUGUAAGAACCAUCAGAAGGCCACCUUUGCUUCUGUUCCGUUAGUAAACAAAAUUGUGCGUACAAGCAACUGCUUCAGUUUUAACAAUUUAGCAAAUGAAAAAGACGAAGCGGUGCGCAACGUGUUGGAUGAUGGCAUUUCCUUUCUGCUAUUCGGGGACUGCACCGUCUAUCAUAAAAAAGGGUUAACUUACGAAAUAGGAUAUAGAAGAAGCGUCCAUUUGGGAAACAGCACUGAACUUAUUCUACCAACACAUUGCAUAAGGAACAACAUCAGAGAUAGACCUUGGGGAAUUGAGAGCCCCCAUCGCAGUGAAGACCCUGGAAAGGGAAUACUCCCCACCAAUCCGAUACCCAGCGUAUGUGUAGAGAAAACACUUCAUUUUAGUUGGCUCAAAAAUAUUAGGAAGAAACAGUACUACAAGAUUAUCGGAAAAAUGGGAGUUAAAAAAAGAAACGCUGGAAUGUACUGGAGCUUCUACGUCAACAAGAGGAAAAAAAUUAGAAAGAAGCGCAGGACUAUUUAA